AUGAGCAAUCGCAGAGAGAGUCUGCGAAACACAGCUCAAGGAUCGGCCUCAUCACCAAGAGGUUCUUCCAAUUUAUCAACAGGCUCAUCAUCAUCACGAUAUAACGAACCCGAAACAGAGGAAGAUAUUUUAAAUUCAGUAUCCAAAAUUUAUUUUCAAGAUGUUCAGGGCAGCAAUGAAAUGACAUCACCCACCAAAGGUGUCUCAUCAUCAGCAAUGAUGAAUAAUGGCAUUGAUCUUGUGGAAUUUGUACUCACCCAACCUACUCUUGAUUUGAGUGAUGAGGCCUCCAUACUGACAGAGCUAAACAAACAGGAAAAGGUUUUGGGUGUCGUCAAUAAUAGACUCGGUAAAACUGUGAUGAAUAAUUAUAACUCUUUUGUGGAAGGAAUGACAAACGUGCAGGAAGUUGGUGCCGAUCUCAACAUGACAUCAUUAAUGUGCAAGAAUGGUCGGAAACGAUUAAAGAAGGCUCACGAGAAUCUCGUUCAUGGCGGUUUGAUGAUUGUUGCAUUAUAUCGAAAGAAGAAAAGUUUAAAGACUUUGGAAUACUACUUGGGAAGAAUCAAAGAAAUAGUUGACAAGGAUAAGGAAAUGAAUCAAUUGUUGGAAGAAGGAAAUUUCCCGAGCGCUAUUGCACUCAUGUUGGAGCACCGACAAUCUGUUGUCAGUAUGAACCAAUUUACUUGUGUUCAACAAUUGGAUAGAAACAUUAAGAAUGUAUAUCAAAGAAUGGAACAGAAGAUGAAAGAAUCGUUGUUAUCUGUUUGUGCCCAAUUCGAUCCAAUCGCUUAUGAAAGAAUUCUAAUAGCUUCUAAAGAAUUAUCAUCAGGCGAGAUAAGUGUUGACAUCAAGAAGAACUACAACGAUGCCGUAGAGCAACUGUUGCGAGAAGUUGUUUUGUCAUUCGCUAUGCAAAGCCCCAAGGCCCAAAAUAUUGAAAGCAUUGUCAAAAUGGAUUAUGCAAAUCUAUGUAAAAAAAUUCACUUCGAUCAUGUGCUCGCUUCCUUGUUGAGAGCAUUGAGUACAGUCAGCGAUAUUAUGUACAAUUAUUAUCAAAUGUAUUGCUGGCAUUUACAAAAGGAAAAAGACAAAGAUGAAACAUUGAAAGCAUAUGAUUUCUCUAUAACAAAAACAAACUUAAAUCAAUUCAGAAAGACUCUUUGGGACAACAUUCAAAAAAAGAUUUCUAUAUUUUUGAGCUCUUGUGACUUGUCACACUUUAAAAUUGACAAAUUCCUUCAAGUUUUUCACUCAAUUAAUAUGAUUUGCCAUCUCGGAGAGGAAUUUAGUGAGAGCGACUCAUACCAUUUGAAGGGUGCUCUUAAAACUAAAAGCAGAUCAUAUUUUGUCCACUAUCAUAAGGACAUUUUAGAGAAUAUUAAGACCAUGGUUGAAAAUGAAAAUUGGCAACAAUUAGAAUCUGUUAGCUUCAGUGUGAAUGACAUUCCGGAAUUCAGGUCCAAGUCAAAUAAUGCACUUGAUAGCAUUGAAAAUAUUUAUGAAGAAUAUUCAAAGAAAGUUCGAGGAUUCUUAAAGUCUAAUGACAGAGAUAGCAAUCCUUUCAAGUUAGCCUUCGAAAAGGGAUCCUUCCUAUUGACAACAACUUCUGAAGAGGAAGAAGAAACUGUUGAUGAUGGGUCAUCUGAAUCGUCAGAGUCAUCCGAAGAUGAAGAUGAUGAUUUUAUUAAAAAGAAAGAUACCAAGCCAAAGAAGAAAAAGGAAAAGACGUUGAGGUCUAUACCAAUAUUUCCAUGA